AUGGCAAGCAAAUAUACACUGAGGAUCAAAAAUCGUGUGAGCGGCAACUGCCCGAGCAAUCGGAUAGGGCCAUCCCACACCAAACAAACUGACACAGACGGCUGGCACUUGGUGGCUACCCAAGAUCUGGGACGCUUGAAAUGGGUUUAUAUAGACGACGAGGAGCGCAAGGCUCACCCCCAAGAUGGUACAACCAAGUUCUUUCUAGAUAUUCCCACGAGUAACGCCAACUCAUGCCCUGCGAAAACGGCUUCUCAAGCCAUCUACAAAGGCGUCCAGUUUCACUCCAACACCCAGGUGCGUGACCUCGGCUGCUGGGCCGCUGAUUUGAGUUGCAUUUUCUUCGUUACCCCAAUGCUCGUCAUGGCAUGGUACAUUACCGGUGCUCAGAUCGAUGAAGCCCAUGUAGUCGAGUUGAUACGCUUCAUGUUCAACUGCCAAAACCCCGAUAACGGUGGCUGGGCGACAUAUUUGGAGGAGGAUCCUUCGCCGAUGGGGACUACAUUGGUCUAUAUUGCACUGCGACUCAUGGGGGUCCCAGCUGGCGAUGAGCGUCUCUGUAAAGCCCGCGAAUUCUAUCUUAGCCACGGUGGAGCACUCUACUUGCCAGCCUGGGCCAAGUUUUGGCUUGCUAUGCUAGGACUGUAUGACUGGGCGGGCACUGACCCUUACCCUGUUGAGAUGUGGCUUCUACCCAAGUGGUUCCCGCUCAGCCCAUGGAAUUGGUUUAUAAUUCCACGCCAAGUCUACCUGCCAAUGUGUUACCUCUCAUCUAGGAGAUUCACAUUGCCAACCAAUGAUCUGUUAGAUGAGAUUCGGGCGGAGCUUUUCCCACAAAAAUUUUCUUCUGUUAAUUUCGCCGCAUAUGAAGGAGUGGUGCGGCCGUCUAAGCGACAUCAAGCAAAGAGUUGGAUACUGCACAUACUGAAUUGGAUCCUUACUAAUGUGUGGAAUCCGUGGCUCUGCCCCAGUGUACUGAAGAAUAAGGCAGAAGAACGAGCGUGGGACAUCUUGCUCAAUAUGGAUAACGCGAGCAACUCGACCGGAAUCAUCAGUAUGGACGCCUGGCUGAAUAUGAUAGCUGUCUAUUGUGGCGAGGGGCCUGAUUCACCCACUUUAAAACACAUGCAGGAAACAAGUCUGGAGUAUCUCUGGAUGGGUUCGUCGGGAAUGCAGUCCAUGAGUAUCCAUGGGGGGCAUGCGUGGGACACAUCCUUGGCACUGCAGACGCUUGUGUAUACAGGUCUCGCCGAGCACAAAGAUUUCCAACAUAACGCGCAGCGAGCUUAUGAGUAUCUAAUACAGCAGCAGCUCGUGAAUGACUGGGAUGACGAUAGUAUCUGUCAUCGUCCUAGCCGUCUCGGGGCCUGGUCCUUUACGACCCGUUACCAUGGCAGCCCCUGUUCCGAUUGCACAGCUGAGUCUUUGAAAGCCAUCUUGAUGGUCGAGAGGAAACUGGGUUCACGACAAAUGAAGGAAGCAAACCUCCGAUUAUCGGUAGAUAACCUCCUAAUGAUACAGAAUCACAGCGGGGGCUAUAGCAGCUUUGAGCCUAUCGCCGCAGGUAAUUGGCUGGAGUACUUCAAUGGGACCGAAAUGUUUGGACAGGUGAUGACAGAACAUGAUUAUGUCGAGUGCACGUCCUCUUGUGUCACAGCACUGGCUCUUUUCAGGGCUCGGAACGGCGAAUAUCGACGCAAUGAGGUUGAUCGAGCCAUUGAGCGGGGUGUGAAAUUCGUGGAGACAAGCCAGCGCGAUGACGGAAGCUGGAUGGCCUCUUGGGGAAUUACAUUCACCUAUGGUGCUUUCUUUGCCAUGGAAGCCUUACACCAUGGAGGCCGAACAUAUGAGAACUCUAGCGUGGUCAGAGCAGGAUGUCGCUUCUUACUAGACAUGCGAGAGUCUGACGGCGGGUGGGGAGAAACACUAGAGUCUCGUAUGGUCGGCGCAUAUGUACAUGCGCCUAGAUCACACACUGUACAGACUGCAUGGUCGUGCCUCGCGUUGAUGUAUGCCGGUUAUCCCGAUCCGGAGCCCAUAAAACGAGGAAUCUAUCUUAUUAUCAGCCGACAAAAGCCAAAUGGAAAGUGGGAACAAGAAUAUCCCGUUGGCAGUGGAAUGCUCACAUGCCAUAUUCAAUAUCACAACUACAUAUACUCGUUUCCCAUCCGCGCACUGGCGAUGUAUGAAAAGCUGUACGGAAACGGGCCUAUCAUUUGA